AUGCGGUGGAGAAAACUGCAUCUGUUCUACCGUGCCGUAUGCGCAUGGCAAGCACGAGCAUCCUUCGAGAUCAUGUUAAGAAGAUUGGGUCAUGCUCCAGGGAAAAGAAAGGUAUAUUGUUGUUGUUGAUGAUUUGUGGGAUGCACGAACUUGGGAUACAAUUUGGUCUGUUUUUCCUGAGAAUGGUAUGGGUUGCAUAGUAAUUCUGACCACGCGAAAGGAAGAUCUGGCUUCCAAGUCAUCCUAUCACUAUGGUCACUUCAGUUACAGAAUGAAGCCUCUAAUCGACCAUGAGUCAAGAAUUUUAUUUUCCAGGAGCAUGUUUGGCUCAGAAAACCAUUGCACUUCCCGUUUUAGAGAAGUUUCAGAUGAAAUCUUGAGCAAGUGCAGUGGAAUUCCACUUGCAAUUAUUCUUGUAGCUAGACUACUAGCUAAUCGACCAUCACCACUAAGAGAAGAAUGGGAGGGUAUUCGGGAUUCUAUAGGCAUACAGGAAUCUGGCACAAACCCCACCUGGGAAAGGAUGAGGCAAAUUUUAUACCUAAGCUACAAGGAUCUUCCUCAUCAUCUCAGGACAUGCUUUCUUUACCUUGGUAUCUAUCCAGAGGACUCUGAAAUCCAAAGGAGUGAAUUGAUUAGACAAUGGGUAGCUGAAGGCUUUGUCCACCAUUCACCUGGGCAAAACUUGGAGGACGUUGCUCAGAGUUAUUUCAGUGAGCUUAUCAACAGAGGCUUGAUUCAACCUGCAAACACUAACUACGGGGAGGUGGUUUCUUGCAGAGUACAUGAUGUAAUUCUUGAUUUCAUCCUAAGUUCAUGUACGGAGGCUAAUUUUGUCAGUGUGGCAUACAAUCUAGGAGAAAUUAGAGGUCAGAAUGAAUACAAGAUCCGUCGACUGUUAUUGGACCCGAGAAUUGGUGAUGAAGGAGACACCGCAAUAGCCGGGACAACUGCUACUACCCUGUCACACGUUCGAUCUCUUCAACUGUUUGGAGAACCCCUACCUGUGUUGUUGUUGUCCAAAUAUCUCCGGGUGCUGACAUUGGAAAAUCAAAGGGUCGAUCUGACUACAGUUGGGCAGUUAUUUCAGCUCAGGUAUUUGAAUGUUUCAGCUGGAGCAAUAGAGCUCCCUACUGAAAUACAAGGACUGCAGCAUCUGGCAAUAUUUCAGAUAUUUUGCACAAGUGAAAUAAGAUUGCCGUCAGAGACUGCUCGGUUGCCCCGGCUGCGCCACCUGAUUCUGCCACUGUAUACAAGGCUACUUGAUGGCAUAGGCAGAAUGAAGUCUCUAUGCACUCUCGAAGGAUUCGACGUCUCGGAUGUCCAGAACAUCAACGACCUUGGUGUGCUUAUCAAUCUGAGGGACCUUCAGCUCUACAACAGUCAGGUUCUGACAGAGAUAGAGAUAGAUGCUUUGGUGACCUCACUUGGGAAACUCUGUAACCUCAGAAGUUUGUGCAUCAUUUGUUCAGUCGGACAAUGGACACAUGACGUGAACGACAGACUGGGCUCGUUGUCGUGUCCCCCCUUCCAUCAGAUUCAGAAACUUGAACUGAUACGAUGGCUGCUGCCUAGAGCUCCAAGGUGGAUCAAUGGCGGUCUCCAAAGCCUUAUCCGCCUGAAACUCAGUGUCAAGGAGACAUCAACCGCCGAGGUCCGCGUCCUCGGUGCGCUGCCCUCACUCAAUGACCUCGACCUGUGGGUGCAGAGCUGCCCUCAAGACGAAGCUCCUAUUGCUUUUGGCCCCGGGGGAUUCCCAGCUCUGGAGCACCUGAAGAUCUACUGCGGCGGGGAUUUCUUCUCACGCCUGCGCUUCGAGGCGGGGGUCAUGCCAAAUCUUCAAAAGCUCACUCUGUCAUACAUGGACUCUGAAUGGAGUGGUACUGCACCAGUCGGCGUCGAGCACCUGCUGAACCUCCGAGAGAUGCAAUUGUUUCCGUUUUCUGACAGUGGGAGUGUGGACAACGACCGUAUCAGGCGCGCAUUCACGGGAGUCGUAGAAGCACACGGUAGAAGUCUUGAUGGCGCAGCACUUCGAGUGUGUUCUCACCCCGUACCAAGGACAGUCGCACAGGAACCCCUAAUAGGUGCCAAGCAAUCUUUGGUCUGUUAUAAACGUUGAAAGUAAACAGAUCAAACCGAAAGGGGACACGAGAUUUAACGUGAAAAAUCCAACCAAUACGGAAGGGAAAUAUCACGAGCGCCAGCCAGCAGGAACUUUAAUAUAUCAAGAGUCGGGUUACAGCGCCGUACGGCGGCUUACAAGAAGAUUAUCAUCAAGGAAAAACCCUAAUCCGACGACGGACCUCCGCUACGCUCUAUCACAAGUCGGCAUUUUAUGUGCAACUAAAUUUGGAACACAACUCAACAUGGUCCAACACAGUUUCAGCAUUUUCUCUUCGGGUGUACGACAUUCUCGCCGUUCCUUUUCGUGGCAAUAAACAUUUAUUUACUUGUAUGGUGAAACUCUGUUCACCAGUCAAAAGUAAAACAAACUCUGUUCA